AUGCCGUCUCGACAUCGCAAGACGAAGAAGCAUAGUGAAAAGAAUGCUGGCGCAACCUUGUGCCCCUGGCUUCCGCUGAUGCUAGCCUCGGCUAUGUGCUUCAGUCCGUUGAAUAUGUCUGACAAACCAAAGAAUAAGCAAAAGAUCAAGAACAGGUCCAAGCAGGACUUGCCGAUCACUGGGGAGAGCGGACAUGAGGCAGUACCCGGGCAGGUUCAACCUGAAAGCGAACCUGCUGAGCAGACCUUCUUCCAACCAGAUGUUCCUUUGCCAGACAAGAGCGUAGACAAAACUGUGAUGCGCAUUGAAGCGAAGUUCAAGCAAUCCUCUGCUGGUGUAUCCUUGGCCGAUUUUCAUCAUGAUCGUCCUGCUGGAAGGUGCAAGUGCGUUGGACAUUUUGCGCAAGUUCAGCAAUACAUCCGAGAUUUCUUGGCUUUCGACGCAAGCAGCAACGGAGGUGCAAGCAGUGAAUGGACCAGGCUUCUUGCAGCGGCUUACCCUGGUUUGAGCCAAUGCACUUUGGAGAGCAUGCUUUUCUGGAUUGUGGAAAGGGCCAUUACUGCCAUGGAGGAAGGCUCUGCCCACUUGGACUUUGUGGAGUAUGCUUGCGGCCGUGGAAACCUUUCCAAAGCUUUGCUUCGCAAGAACUUCGCUGGUGUUGGGCUGGACAUUUUGUGGAGUGCCUGCCACGACUGCUUACAACCGGCAGGUUUGCUGUUGUGGCUGGAAUGCCUCCAGGCUUUACGGCCGAAUUCUUUGGUGUGGUUUGGCACCAAGUGCAGUUCUUGGGUGAGCCUCUGUGUCAGUUGUUCCCGCCGAUCGGCAGAGAACAUGUAUCAUGGAGACUGUGAUCGGCCCUUUGUCGUUGAAGGCAACCGACUGAUGAUGGUCACAAGCCUACUCUACUUCCUGGCGUCAUGUUUGGGCCACUUCACAACACUGGAGCAACCUCAGUCCAGCACGAUGGUCAAAAACCCAUGGCUCCAGAAUGUGUUGGUGUGGGUACAAGCCCAAAAAUUCACCACGUACAUGGGAGCUUUUGGAGCAAGUACUUGCAAACCGGUUCAGUUGUGGAGCACCAGGAGCUUGGAUGCCCUACUAAGGGACAAACCUUCCAACUCAGAUGAGUCCCUUGCAUCCAGGGAUGAGAAUGGCGGCUAUAGUGGGGUGCAACCAGCUUUGCAGGAGUCCGAGGUUUACCCAGAGCUCUUUGGCGUAGCUGUUUCUAAUUGUUUUGUGCAGAAGCGCGCGUAAGCGAUGCGUGCAUUGAAAUUCAAAAGCUGCGAGUGCAGCAGAAGGAUUGUUCAGUCCCUGCUGUGUCAUUGUAGCAAAAAUUCAAUUUGGCAACUCUGAGAUGACCAGGCGUUUUGGUGCAAAA